CAGUAACCCAAGUGCUCUCUGGGAAACAGAGUCCCUUUCCUGAAUUAUUCAAGUAGGCUACGAUCUCCCCGAUUAGCAAGAUGCCGGCCGUUCACAAAUUACUUCUGGAAGAAGCCUUACAGGAUAGUCCACAGACUCGCUCCCUUCUCAGUGUGUUCGAGGAGGAUGCAGGGACUCUCACGGACUACUCCAAUCAGCUGCUCCAGACUAUGCAAAGAGUCUUCGGGGCCCAGAGUGAGAUGGGCUUGGCAACAAAGCUGCUCUCCAAGCAGCUCCUGGAGUACGAGAAGCAGAAUUUCGCUCUGGGGAAAGGAGAUGAGGAAGUGAUCAGCACGCUGCAGCACUUUGCCAAAACAGUGGAGGAGCUGAACACCCUGCAUUCUGAGCUGGCCGCCCUGAUUGCAGAUAGGAUGGUGUUCCCCAUGAUCCAGUUCAGAGAGAAGGACCUCACAGAAAUAAGCACGCUGAAAGAGAUAUUCGGCAUUGCCACUGAUGAGCACGAGGCUGCCAUGGUCAAGUACAGCCGGCUGCCCAAGAAGAGGGAAAAUGAAAAGACAAAAGCGGAGGUGGUCAACGAGGUGGCCUACGCUCGGAGGAAGCAGCACCAGGCCUCCAUGCAGUACUACUGCGCUCUCAACGCCCUGCAGUACCGCAAGAGGGUGGCCAUGCUGGAGCCCAUGCUGGGCUACACCCGAGCACAGAUAAACUUCUUUAAGAAAGGCAUGGAUCUGGUGACAAAGAAGAUGGACAGCUUUUUGUCUUCAGUGUCCUGUAUGACGCAAAGUAUUCAGGCACAGCUGGAUGCUGAAGCAGAGAGCAUGCGUUUCUCCCAAAGGGAGCUGCUAUCUGUUGAGGACACAGUCUACAUGCCCGACCGGGACCAGGACCCUGUCAACCGCACACUCAUCCAGAAGGCAGGCUACCUCAACAUCCGGAAUAAAACGGGCCUGGUCACCACAGCCUGGGACCGGCUGUACUUCUUCACCCAGGGGGGCAACCUCAUGUGCCAGCCACGAGGCGCCGUCGCCGGGGGUAUGGUGAUGGACCUGGACAACAGUUCCGUCAUGGCCGUGGAGUGCGAGGACCGCCGCUACUGCUUCCAGAUCACCUCGCCCACUGGAAAAGCGUCUAUAAUUCUGCAAGCAGAGAGUAAAAAGGAAUAUGAAGAGUGGAUUUGUACCUUGAACAACAUCUCCAGACAAAUAUACCUGACUGACAACCCAGAGGCCGUGGCCAUAAGGCUCAAUCAGACCGCCAUCCAGGCCGUCACUCCCAUCACCAGCUUCGAGAAGAGACAGGAGGGCUCACCCAACCCCGACAGGGCAAAGCCCGGUGGAGUGGUGGCCUCUGGGGGAGCCGCGCAGAAGCCCGCCGUGGCCCUUGAACCAGAGGACCUGAUUGUCCCAGGAACGCCGAUUCAGUUCGACAUCGUGCUCCCUGCCUCGGAGUUUCAGGACCAGAACCGAGCAGGGGGAAGGCGUACCAACCCCUUUGGCGAAACAGAGGAGGACUCCUCUUCUGACACCGAUGACUCGCUGCUGCAGCAGGUUUUUGCUGUGAGGUUCCUGGGCUCCAUGGCUGUGCGCUCAGGCCAUACGCAAGAGGUGAUCUACGAGGCCAUGAGACAGGUGCUAGCGGCCCGCGCCAUCCACAACAUCUUCAAGACCACCGAGUCUCAUCUGAUGGUCACCAGCAACUGCUUGAGGCUGAUUGAUCCGCAGACGCAGGUUACCAAGAUCAGUUUCGAACUGAGGGAGGUGACCCAGUUUGCCGCCCACCAGGAGAACGGCAGGCUCAUGGGCUUCGUGGUGGAGGGACGAGACUGGAGCGAAGGACAGGAGGAGGGCGCUCCCUCAUUCAGCGCGUUUGUGUUCGAGAGUAACACAGAGGGAGAAAAAAUAUGCUACACAAUAAGCUUAGGAAAGGAGAUUAUAGAGGCAAAGAAGGACCCAGAGGCACUGGCCCAGCUGAUGAAGUCUAUGCCUCUGACCAAUGAUGGCAAGUUCCUUCUCCUGGAGAGUGAGAGUGGCGAUACGUCUAAUGAUGGCGCAGAGGAGGACCUAGAGUCAGAAGCCUGAGCCUUUUCCCCUCUCUUGCUUUCCUACUUAACACCAUUCCCCCGACCUCCUCAUGGGCAUCAAAGAGUACAAAGCUCAUAAUCUCACCCCUCUGUCCACUGCACCUAUUGCUAACAAUCAGCUUGACUGAGAUUCUGAUACAAAGGGACUAUUCUGUUUUACUUAGUUUAGUUUACGUUAUGUUUUUUUUUUUUCCAUUGGGGGUAUCAUAAAUAGUGAUAUAAUUACUGGGAGGGGCAGAAGGACCCCUCUCUCCGAACUCUGAUAGGUUUACAUGUUUAAGUGCUCCUGACAUCAGCUAAGGCUAGCGGUACUUUAAAGCCCAGGCAGUAUUUGACAUAGCCUAAUAGCGGGGUAUGUUGGCUGAUGGAUAAACUCAGUCCUUUUCCUCUCAGUAGAUAAUGUAAGUUAAUACAUUUAUCAUUCCUUCAGAGAGUUGCACUUCCCGAGAGUUCUGCUGCAUCAUAGAGCUUGGUGACUGCAGCAUGCACUAAUAUCUGAUGUAUUUAGAAAGUAGAUUGUAGAGUGACGUGAAGAGGUCAUUUCUUUGCUGACUGAAGAUUCAUUUUCUAUUGUUUUCAAACAAUGUUCCACACUACAACUGUGUGUGUGUGUGCUUUGACUUUUUUGGGUGUUUUGAUUGCGGGGUCCUAUACAUUAUGUUCAUGUGGUAAACUAACUCAACUCAAACCUUUUUUCAUCUGUGUAAAACAAACAAGUUCAUAAAAAGAUGUCUUUUUGGAAUAUGCUUGGCUAUUGGAAAGAUUGCAAAGUUGUUGUGGGACCAAAGGAAUGCAAAGGGUCUGUGUGUGUAUUUCCUCUGAAACUCCAAGGCUCUAAGUCUAACCUAGAGUGUCUUCUUACAGUGCUAUUCGGAUAUUGCAAUGAAACAGUAUCAGGACACUGCACAGCAACCUGACUCAUUCCCAAAAGGCUCCUUCCUGCAAACACACCACUCUCAGAAACUAGUCAGUAAUCGGCUAUCUCUGAAGUGGUCAGAGAAGGAUACUGUCUAUGAGUUUACAAAACACUAUUUCUGUGAUUAAUGGUCUGCGUACAAACUAAAACAUUUCCCACGUCAUCUAUCAGGUUACAGGGUCAAGUUCCCAUAAAAAAUGCAAGCCAUCUGAGACCAUGUCGAAUGCAGUCUGGAUUUGAAGUGUGAUCUGACAGAUUCAUCAACAAAGGAUAUGAGGAUAUAUUCAACUUUCCAUCCUGAACAAAAUUGUUCAAAAUAUGCGCAGGCCUUUCCUUUUCUUUUGAAGUGGUGCUCUACACUGCUAAUGUAUUCAUGCUCAACACAAAGGCUUCGUGGAAAUGUAUUUCAAAAAGGCACUACCCUGUACUAUGGGGAAACUGAACAAAAGGCACAUUUGGUACCUCUGUAGCAAAAAAAAAAGAAAGUAAUUUCCUUCAGUGGCCACCUGUUCAUUUUUCUCAAGGGCUUCUCAUUUCCCUCUCUCCUGCUCCGGCAUGCUAGCCCGCUGGUGUACACACACACAGGCAGGUGACAAGCAAGUAUGUUGUUUGGCUCACUAGCUGAUUUACAGCCCUUGAAGUGGCUGGAAGCCUCCACUUUUCUCCAAAACUGUUGUCGCUGCCGCCCUCCCUUCUCAGAGAAAUCCAAACAGCAUCUUUGUUAUGUCUGCUGUGUGUUAUUAAGCAUGCCCUGUGAGGAUAAAUAGAUUGAAAAAGACAGAGGUCAUCUGAAGAAAAGGGAUAUGGAGCAUCUACGAGUGCCUCUCAGAGCCGAUUGGCCAGAACAGAAUCCGAUUCCUGCAAGGCUUUACUCACGGUUCAUGGUUCGAGUGGCUUUUCUAAGUGUGUGUAUAAAUGCAAACAUUAACACGUCCUCUGUAAUAAAUGUAUGUGAUAUUUUGUAA